AUGGACACCUCAACAAUCGACCCCCAGCAGGAGCGGACCGGGGAUAAGUCGGGCAUACCACGGGCCCGUAUUAAACGCAAACCGAUUCCGGUCGGGGACCCGUACGACGGUAAUAAGGGCACCUUUGCAGCCUGGAAGUUCUGCAUAGACCGCAAGCUCCAAGUGGAUAAGGACUUCAUCGGGUCCGCCCAGGACCAAUAG